AUCCCCAAGAAUUACAACGGCAAGAUGGCGCCGAGGUGUAGUGUGUGAGGAUUACAUCCCUCCGGAAAGCAUCAUGAAAGGAAAAGAACGGUCUCCCGCUAAAGCCAAGCGGUCACGCGGAUCGGAGGAACAACCUCGGGAGCGUGGCGGAAAGAAACUGAGCUCGGCUAGCGGCAGUAAUGGAAGCGGUUCGGCAGUCAAGGCCUCCGAGAGUAGUGGAGGUCGCCGCGGCCUGCAUCUAGAUAAGGGACUUUCCGCAAGCCGUGAGUACGAUCCACCCGGGAGGGCCCAAGGGCUUCAUAGUUACGGAUCCCCGGGUGCCAGCAGCGGUAGUGGCAGCAGUAAAGGCACGGACAGCCGUGGAGGCGGCACGGCUGGGAGAGUAAUCGAGGGCCGCGGAGAAUCGGAGUACAAGUCGCUGCGUAUUAGUGAGUUGGGCUCUACUCUGAGCGACGAGGCGGUGGAGGAUGGUCUCUUCCAUGAGUUCAAGAAGUUCGGGGACGUCAGUGUUAAGAUCUCCCGCGUGGGGGACGAGCGUGUGGCCCUUGUAAACUUCAGGCGUGCGGAAGACGCUAGAGCCGCCAAACACGCCAGAGGGAGGCUUGUGCUAUACGACAGGCCGCUAAAGAUUGAAGCGGUUUACCUUAAUGCUGUAGGUAGCAACCGGCGGCGUAGCCGGUCGCCCGGAGUCAAAGACUCGUAUGCCGCUCUUCCUGCAGCAGUAGCGGCUCAAAGACAUCCGCCCGGACAACGCGGCCUAUCCCCCGGCGGACUGGGUUACAGAGACUACCGGCUGCAGCAGCUUGCAUUGGGACGUCUUCCUCCUCCUCCACCUCCGCCUCCUCCAUUACCUAGAGAUCUGGAAAGGGAUCGGGACUACAGCUUUUACGAGAGUCGGGUUCGGCCUACAUACCCCCUAGAAACCCGUUUGAGCUUUAGAGAGGAGGAUAUCUCACCCGAGGAUGACAGAAGGGCCAACCGAACUUUGUUCUUGGGUAAUCUGGAUAUUACUAUAACUGAGAGUGAACUGCGCAGAGCUUUUGAACGCUUUGGGACUAUUACUGAAAUAGACAUCAAGCGUGCCACGAGAGGCCAAACUUCAACGUAUGGGUUUGUUAAAUUUGAAAACUUGGACAUGGCUCAUAGGGCCAAAGUUGCCAUGUCAGGCAAAGUUAUUCUCCGAAAUGUCAUAAAGAUUGGCUAUGGUAAAGCAACUCCAACAAACCGCUUGUGGGUUGGGGGACUGGGGCCUUGGGCACCGAUGGCAUCUUUAGCAAGGGAAUUUGAUAGGUUUGGCACCAUCAGAUAUAUUGACUACCGCAAAGGGGAUAGUUGGGCUUAUAUACAGUAUGAAAGCUUGGAUGCUGCUCAAGCUGCUUGUGCCCAGAUGAGAGGCUUUCCUUUAGGGGGAGAGCACCGAAAGCUUCGUGUAGACUUUGCAGACACAGAAGUCCGUUAUCAGCACCAAUACUUACAGCCGUUACCGCUGCCUCAUUAUGAUCUGGUUGGUGAUACUUUUGGGCAUAGAGCUCCAGAUCCCUUAAGAGCCAGAGAUCGGACGCCACCUGUUUUAUAUAGGGAUAGAGAAAGAGAGCUAUAUACAGAGGCUGAGUGGGUUGCACCAUCUGUCAGAGAUCGUAACAGAGUUGCUUAUGAUCCUUUGGAAACAAUUGAUCGGCGGGCUGAAGGUUGGUCUGCAGAGAGGGAGCGUGACAGAGAUAUUGUAAACAGAGAGCAACCCAGAAAAAGGAGGCUAAUGGAUGAAAGUCGUCACAUCGAAAGGUCUCCGGAAAGUGACCGCUCUAGGAAAAGACGCUGUACUAGUCCAGAGCGUAGUCCGGAAGGCAUUGGGGGGCGUGAUAGCCGGUAUGGUGACGCCGAUCGUACCACUAAUCGAACUGAUCGACCUUCUCCUUCCCGAGAAUGGAGAGGCAGCCUUGAACGAGGUCAAGGAGAUAGACGUGAUAGAAAGAGUUCUGUUGAAAGAGAAAGGAAGUACCGAACUAUGGAAACUAAAAGUCCUUUAAAAAAAGAUGAGCGUCCUGAGCCUGCCAACAAAGUGAAAUCUCCAGUAAAGCAAGAUGGUCCACCAAAACUAUGUUUGGCCUGGCAAGGCAUGCUACUAUUGAAAAACAGUAACUUCCCAUCCAAUAUGCAUCUACUACAGGGGGAUCUUGGCGUUGCUUCCAGUCUGCUUGUUGAAGGAGCUUCAGGUGGAAAAGUUGCACAGCUAAAAAUCACCCAGCGCUUGCGCCUUGACCAGCCGAAGUUGGAUGAGGUUACUCGGCGCAUCAAAGUGGCAGGGCCUAGUGGCUAUGCUAUCCUUCUUGCAGUUCCUGGUUCUUCGGAUAGUAGUUCCCUUGGAGAUCAAACCAGCUCAGCUCAGCGACCACUAAGAAACCUUGUCUCUUAUUUAAAGCAAAAGCAGGCAGCUGGGGUCAUUAGCCUCCCCGUAGGGGGCAAUAAAGACAAAGAUCACACAGGAGUCCUCCAUGCUUUCCCACCAUGUGAAUUUUCACAGCAGUUCUUGGAUUCAACAGCAAGAACUCUAGUCAAAUCAGAAGACGACUACCUUGUUAUGGUUAUAGUACGAGGGGCAUCCUAAUUAAAAGUUCGUAUUUACUUAUGCUGUUCACAAGCUGGCAACUGGGAAAAGAAGAUUCUCUUCAAUGGGCCGCUAACCAGAGGAGAACUGGUGGAAGAAAGUUUCUGUUUAGUACUUGUGCAUAUUACUACAUUUUGGCAGCUUUUAAAAACAUAUAAAUAUAUAUAUAGUGUAUCUGCUAUUGUGAUACCAGGUCCCGUGUUUUACGUGAAAACGUGAUGACUUCGUUACUUUGUCCUGUAUACGCAAGAUUUCUGGAAAGUGAGAAGUACCCCUUUCUGGAUAACACAACUAAGUGGUCAUACAAACAGUGCACACAGUUGAGCUGAUUUUGUUUCAUUCUCAAUAAAUUUUCUUUUGAGGAAAAUGUC